UUGGCACUCUUCCUCUCCUUACCUUUUCCUCCAUCCACUUUAUUCCCCACCACCAUCUUUACCCUCUUCGCCAUCUCUUCCCUCCCCUUCAAUAUUUGACCUGUUACUAGCACUCAAGCCAUUCAGAUGACUCAGAGAUGGAGAACAUUAUGCAAGUUGCUGACCACCAAAGCCAUGACAACAAGCACGACCAUCAUGGCCACGAGUACCGUGGCACAGAGGAAGCGUCUGAGGGUGACGACUGUCUCCACGCCCCGCUUUGUUUUCCUGUGGUGGUUAGGGAGCAGUCGGAUUCAGGUUCAGAGUCCAGUUUUCCGCAGGGCAGAAGUGUGGAAUUUGAUUUGUCCUUUCCCGUCAGUCCCACCAGGCCCAAGAGUCCUUGGGGUCUGUUUGACCCUUACGAGAACACUGAGGACCAGGACAAGGAAUAUGUUGGUUUUGCAACUCUGCCAAAUCAGGUCCAUCGCAAAUCUGUCAAGAAGGGAUUUGACUUCACACUCAUGGUGGCAGGAGAAUCUGGCCUGGGAAAGUCCACGCUGGUCAACAGCCUUUUUCUCACAGAUCUUUAUAAAGACAGAAAACUGCUCAAUGCUGAAGAGCGAAUCACUCAAACAGUAGAAAUCACUAAGCACACUGUGGACAUCGAGGAGAAAGGUGUCAAACUGAAGCUCACCAUCGUGGACACUCCCGGCUUUGGGGAUGCCGUGAACAACACUGAGUGCUGGAAGCCGGUGGCAGACUACAUUGACCAGCAGUUCGAGCAGUAUUUCAGAGACGAGAGCGGCCUCAACCGCAAGAACAUCCAGGACAACAGAGUACACUGUUGCCUCUAUUUCAUCUCACCCUUCGGUCAUGGGCUUCGGCCUUUGGAUGUAGAAUUCAUGAGAGCGCUGCAUGAAAAGGUCAACAUCGUCCCUGUUCUGGCCAAAGCGGACACACUGACUCCCAGUGAGGUCAGGAAGAAGAAACUCAAGAUCAGAGAUGAGAUUGAAAAGUACGGCAUAAAGAUCUACCAGUUCCCCGACUGUGACUCGGACGAGGACGAAGACUUUAAGCAGCAGGAUCUUGAGCUAAAAGAGUGCAUUCCCUUUGCAGUUAUUGGCAGCAACAUAGUGGUGGAGGCCAAAGGGAAACGGGUUCGAGGCCGUCUGUACCCCUGGGGUAUUGUAGAAGUUGAGAACUCGGCGCACUGCGACUUCGUGAAGCUGCGGAACAUGCUCGUUCGCACGCACAUGCAAGAUCUGAAGGAUGUGACCCGAGAGACUCACUACGAAAACUACAGAGCGCAGUGCAUCCAGAGCAUGACCCGUAUGGUGGUGAAGGAGCGCAACCGCAAUAAGCUAACCAGGGAGAGCGGCACAGACUUCCCCAUCCCCGCAGCGUCUAGCGUGGCAGACAGCGACACAGAGAAGCUCAUCCGAGAGAAAGAUGAGGAGCUACGGCAGAUGCAGGAGAUGCUGAAGAAGUUCCAGGACAAAAUGCACACACACAACGAAUCUUAUUAACGAAGGACACCACAGGACCACCCACCCUGUGUCCGCGGGGGACAGACGGGAAUCUUUUCUUUUACUGUAGAACUUUGACCAAA